AUGGGUGCCAAUGUCUUUGCUGUACCUAUCUUCUUCAUUUGCUUCAGAGAAUGCCUCGAAUGUAGCAUCAUCGUCUCCGUCUUGCUGUCAUUUCUGAAGCAGACUCUUGAUCCUCAAGAUCCCACAGUCUACAAGAAAUUGAGAGCUCAAGUCUGGUGGGGAAUUGGACUUGGUCUAGUGGUCUGUUUGAUCAUUGGUGGUGCUUUCAUCGGAGCAUUCUAUGGCCUCGGCAAGGAUCAUUUCGCUGCGACCGAAGACAUAUGGGAAGGCGUCUUCGGCUUGAUUGCAGCAAUCAUCAUCUCGAUCAUGGGCGCCGCUCUGCUUCGUGUGUCGAAACUACAAACCAAAUGGCAAGUCAAGCUGGCCAAGGCUUUGGAAGAAAAGGACCAGAACAAGGGCAAGGCGACCACCCGCUUCAAGCGAUUUGCCGAAAAGUACGCCAUGUUCAUGCUUCCUUUCAUCACCGUGAUGAGAGAAGGUCUUGAAGCUGUCGUCUUCAUCGGUGGCGUUUCCCUCGGGCUUCCAGCUACAUCCUUUCCUCUAGCUGUUGUCACUGGUCUUGGAGCUGGCUGCUUGGUUGGGUACCUGAUCUACCGUGGUGGCAAUGUGGCAUCUCUGCAGGUGUUCCUCAUCGUUUCGACCUGCGUUCUCUACCUUGUUGCUGCUGGUCUCUUCUCCAAAGCAAUCUGGUUCUUUGAGAACAACACCUGGAGCAAACUCAUCGGUGGUGAUGCUUCUGAGGUCGGCAGUGGCCCUGGAUCUUACGACAUUACAAAGUCCGUCUGGCACGUCAACUGUUGCAAUCCAGAGAUCGACACUUCAGGCUGGGGCCUGUUCAAUGCAAUCUUGGGCUGGCAGAAUUCUGCAACCUACGGUUCAGUGCUCGCCUACAACUUGUACUGGAUUGCAGUAAUCGUCGCCUUCGUCUCCAUGCGCUACAAAGAGCAACGUGGUCACUGGCCCCUGAUGAAGGCUAAAUCAAAGAAAGCCGACAGCGAGAGUUCCAGCCAAGUUGAUGUAACGGAAACAAUGCAGAAGAAGGCCUCGAAUGAAGCCGCAACGACUACAGCGAUUAGAGAAAUUGAGGGAUGA